GUCGGGAGCAUCUCGCCCGACGGCUUUUUCCUUCGAAACAGGAGGAUAAAUUCAAUCUUCUUCUUCUUGUUGGGCUUGUAUAUAGCAUGAAUGAUUAAAAAAACAGUAGACGUUUACUUUAAAGUUGGAGAAGAGCUUAUCCAUUCUCAUCCACUACAUCAUACCUCCAAAGAAUUCUGAUGGAUAUCACUAUAUAAGAAUAUUCCUAUCACCCUCUGUUAAUUUUGACUGCAUAGUGCAUACCAAUUAUGUAAGAUAAAUGUCCUGAUUAAUCUUUAAUGUUCUUUUGCUUCAAUUGGAGAGCUUUGACGUGAAGAGCUCUGGUAGUGUAUUCAAAGCUUCAAAGCUCUGGGAUUGAGAGUACAGAGCACCGCACCAUCCACGCCGGAAGAGAAGAAUGCCAGGAGGAGGAGGAAUAGCUUCAUUGAAGUUUGUAGUGAAUGGAAAAGAAGUGGAAGUGCAGAAACCGAAUCCGAAGAGCAUACUGGGUGACUUUCUGAGGAACGAGAUGGGUUUGAAGGGGCUGCAAAUGCCCUGCAGGGAAGGAGGAUGUGGGGCGUGUACGGUCAUAAUAUCUGAUCCUCAAGGUGACCAGCGCCCUGUGAAUUCGUGCCUCAGGCCUCUGUGCUCUAUCGAUGGUAUGUCAGUGACCACCAUUGAAGGGGUGGGGACUAUCAAAACAGGUCUCUCUCCUGUUCAGAAAGCACUUGUGACCCACCAUGCCACUCAGUGUGGAUUUUGUACCCCCGGCAUGGUUAUGAGUAUGCAUGGCUUGCUAAAGAAAAAUCCAAAUCCAUCAUCACAAGAAGUUGAAGACCAGAUCGAUGGCAACCUAUGCAGGUGUACUGGAUAUCGUCCCCUAUUGGAUGCUUUUCAGACAUUUGCAUGUGAAAAUGACAGAAACUGCAAUGAAGCAGAUAAAAGAAGCAGUUGUCUGAAGUUAGAGCUUGACAUGGAGGAUAUUUGUGAUAACGGCAUUCCCAGAAACUCAGUAAAAAAGCUUUUACUCUCAAAAGCAGGUGUUACCUGGAUAAGGGUGCUUUCUUUGGAAGAUUUAUAUUCUGUUCUGACAGCUUAUAGAAAUCAAGGAAUAGUCAGAAUGGUCAGAGGAAAUACAUCAUCUGGGGUUUAUCCCGAAUAUUUCUGUGAUGUGGUUGUUGACAUAUCUCAAGUACCGGCUCUCUUAAAGACUAUUGUUAGCAAUAAAGGACUCUGUAUUGGAGGAGGAGUUACAAUUUCAGAUUUUAUGCUACUGCUGAAGGCACAUAGAGACCUUUCCUCUAGCUAUGGGCCCAUAUGGCAGCACCUGGCACGUGUUGCUUCUCCUCAAGUACGCAAUAUUGGAAGUGUUGCUGGGAACUUGAUGAUGGCACAUGAACAUCCAGAUUUUGUUUCAGACCUUGCAACUAUCCUGAUGGCUGCUGAAACAAGAAUGAAAAUAUGUUAUGCUUACUGCAACGGAUUGCCUGAAUCUGUUAAUAUUGAGCAAUUUUUUGGCAUGGACAUGGAUGGGAAGGUGAUAACAGAGAUAAAUAUUCCAGCAUUACCUAGCAAUUCUCAUUUUUUCAGGCAGAAGGUUGCUCUGAGAAGAGUAAAUGCUCAUGCUAUUGUGACUGCUGCAUUUAAAUUUGAAGUUGAUCCCCAGACAGAUAAAAUUUUAAGCUCUCCAAUCAUUGUUUAUGGAGGCAUCAAGCCAUUCCCACAACGAGUACAUCAAGUAGAAAAAAAGCUUACAGGAAAAUCCUAUCAAGAUCCAAAGGUAUUGGAAGAAUGUUUAAUGCUCUUGCAGACAGAAUUGAUGCCCGAUCCUUCUUUUGGUCGUUCAAAGUAUCGAUCCUUAUUAGUGGAUACAUUUUUCUACAAAGCUAUCCUCUCUUUAUGGCCCAAAAAUUUCCUACCUGCCCGACUUUGUUCAGCAAUUAAGAAGGAAAUCCGAACAAUUUCAUCAGGAUCCAUCAGUUUUGAUCAGGGGGACCCAUCAGAGUAUCCAGUGUCACAGCCACUCCCAAAAUUAUCAGCUCAAGCACAGGUCACAGGGGAAGUAGAGUACUUAGAUGAUUUGAAACUUGGAGAUGGAUUACAUGCAGUUUUUGUUCUUUCAACAAUAGCAAAUGGAACUAUCAAGGAGAUAGACCCUUCAGAAGCCCUUUCAAAGAAAGGAGUUGUUGCGUUUCUCUCUGCUGAUACAAUAGCUGCAGAUGGAUAUUGUAAUCUUGUUAGUGAUUAUGAACUAGUUUUUGCAUCUAAACGGGUUCACUACUAUGGCCAAGCUGUGGGAUUAAUUGUAGCAAAAACAAAGUCCAUUGCAGAUGCAGCUUCAAAGCUUGUGCAUGUUAUUUAUACCGAUGUAGUGAAGCCUAUACUCACAAUUGAAGAUGCUAUAAAGUCCAACUCAUUCUUUGAUAGCAGAGCUCUUGAAUUUCAGAGAGGAAAUGUAGCUUCUUCAUUUAGAUCUGACGAAGUCAUUGUUGAAGGAGAGGUUAGUAUAGGUCAUCAAUACCAUUUUCAUUUGGAAACACAAAGGUCCUUAUGUAUACCUGGUGAGGAGGGUUGUAUGACUGUUUACUCAUCAACUCAGAACCCUUCACAGGUUCAACAAUGUGUUGCAGUAGCCUUGAACAGGCCGCAACACAAAGUAAAUGUAAAUGUAGCACGUGUUGGAGGUGCUUAUGGUGCCAAGUUAAAUAGAACGCCCCCAGUCGCAAUGGCAUGUGCAAUGGCUGCUGAUAAACUUCAAAAACCUGUUCGUCUCUUGCUUGAUCUAAAUACAAAUAUGCAGCUUGUUGGUGGUCGAAGUCCAUACUUGUGCAAGUAUAAAGUUGCUUCUCAGAAAAAUGGAAAAAUUUCAGCAAUUCAGAUGGAAGUGUUCAAUAACCAGGGAGCCCACUUUGAUUUUGAGUAUCCAGAUUUGAGUUCAAUCCCACUAUUUAUUGAUGGGGUAUAUAACAUUGCCAACUGGAGAAUUGAAGGAAAAAUAGCCAAGACUAACUUGCCUGCAUGUACCUACAUGAGAGGACCGGUAUUUGUUGAGACAGCAGUCAUGAUUGAAACAGUGAUGGAGCACAUAGCACAUGCACUAGGACUUCUGCCUGAUAUUGUCCGGGAACUCAAUAUGUAUACUAAAGGAGACAUGGCACUUUCUGGUCAAGAACUCAUAUACUGUAAUGCAAAAUUAGUUUUUGAUACUGUGAAGGCAUCAAGCAAUUAUGAAAAGCGCACCAAAGACGUGAAGACCUUCAAUGAUCAGAACCAAUGGGUGAAAAGAGGAAUAAGUUUGGUACCUGUAAAGUUCAAUGCCUUCUGGGAGGCGCAGCAAAUGAUCUGUUUGGUGAAUGUUCAUCCAGAUUGUAGUAUUAGCAUUUAUCAUUCAGGAUGUGAACUUGGACAGGGACUAGAUGUUAAAGUUGCUCAGGUUGCUGCAAUGUCAUUGGGAUCAUUAAUUGAUGGUCAUCUAGACAUGGAUGAGAUCUAUGUGCACUCAACAACUACUAUAGUGGCAAAUAAUGUAGCAGAAAGUGGAGGUUCUGUAACAUCAGAAUUGUGUGCAAAGGCAGUUCAGGACUCGUGUCAGCAGCUUGUGAGCCGCCUUGAAUGUAUUAGUAAAAUGCUUUCAUCAACAAGAGGAAAACCUACAUGGCAGAAGCUCAUUGCAAAAGCUUUAGAUAUUGGUAUUGAUCUUCAAGCUCGGGGUCGAAUUUAUCCUGGACCAGGCCCCAAUGGACCCUUUCAGUAUGUCUCAUUUGGAGCUGGUGUCACUGAAGUAGAAGUUGACAUGCUAACUGGAGAAACAAUUAUUUUGAGGGCAGAUGUUCUACUGGAUUGUGGAAAGAGCUUAAAUCCUGCUGUGGACAUUGGACAGGUUCAAGGUGCAUUUGUUCAAGGUUUGGGUUACCAUCUUUCGGAACAAAAAGUUUUUAGCAAACAAACAGGCAAGUUGACAACGGAUGGAACAUGGGAAUACAAGCCUCCUACAUCCAAGGACAUACCUGUUAUCUUCAAUGUGGCUCUUCUUUCCAACAGCUCUAAUCCAUAUGGAGUUUUGCGUUCUAAGUUUUCUGGUGAACCACCAUAUGGUAUUGCAUGUAGUGCUCUCUUUGCUGUCCGCCAAGCUAUUGCUGCUGGGAGGGCAGAGUGGGGUAACAGUCAAUGGUUCUCACUACGCUCACCUGCAACAGUUGAAGAAGUUGCCGUGGCUGCAGCAGUUCCCCUAUCCAAGCUCAACAUAUUGAAUGUAAAAAUUCCUAACAUCGCCACUGGAUAACAGCAUAUAGCAACGUUGAUCUAAGAUGUGAAAACUAGCAUUGAAGUGAGAUGGUUGUGGCUGCAUGAAAAUCCAUCUUAUAUGCAUUGGAGAAGUUAGAGCUAAUAAGGAGCUAUUCUUAAUAUUGUACAUGGAUGAUGGUGUAUGGCAAAAAUGAUCUAAGAUUUGAAAAGUGGCAUGUAAAUGAGAUGGUUGUGGCUUCAUGAGAAUCUAUCUUAUAUGCAUGGCAAGAGUUACAGAGCUAAUAAGGAGCUAUCCUUAUAAAAUAUUUGUACCUCAAUUUUCUUCUAGGAUAUAGGAGGUUCUCUCCUCUCUAGCAUGUUCUACUUACUGUACAAAGGAAACAUGGAAAGUGAUUCCUAAGAAAGUGCAUACCAGGUUGCUGAGGUCGUUAUCUGGAUUCUGGACAAUUACAAAAUUAAUGUCAUCUAUGUUAACCCAAUUUUUUUGAUCGUGAAUACCAAGAGCAACAAUCAUUUUACCUUA